AUUUUUUUAGAUACAUUUUUUAGAAAACAUUUUUUCAUAGUAAAUGAGAAUAAAAUUUAGAAAUAAAAAAAUUUAAAUUGUAUCAUAUUUUUCGAUAUUUAUCUUAUUAAUAAUUCGUUUACAUAGCGAUUAACGAGUUAGCAUUGGAAUGUCAUAAAAUAGGUGCUCUCUUGUUUAACCACAAGUCUCAAGUCACGUAACAGGAAAAAUAUCCAUCAAACUUUAUCCGUAUAUCCGGAAAAUGUGAACUCAAGUACCGAGAAUACUGGCGAAUCUCAAGAAAACGCGCUUUCGGUUUCAGUCGCAUUUUCGUCGUCAAUCCAGUCACUCCAUAUCGCCUGUGUCGCAGACGCGAAAAAUAGAAUCAAAAUGGGGCGAUAAACAAGCCGAACUCAUAAAUCCUAUCAAUCAGAACAGUUUAACAUUGAAAAGGAUUGAACAAAAAUCUACAAAGGCGAUUUUAAAAUUCUGGAAUAGACUGAAGCCUCGCAAAAGCGCGAGGAAGAAAAUAGAACCUCCUGCGAGUAAACCAUUAGCUUCUGUAUGGAAUUUUAAUAAUGUUGAAAAAAAAAUGAGCGCUAGAUCACAACGUGGGAAUCACGACACGUCGGCCAGCAAACGACUUCAUAGCCCGCGUAUCAAUCCAAAAAAUCGCGGACCAAGACCUCAUAUAACAUAUGAUUACGAUGCUGCGAUCAGUCAACCGGAUGUACCGAGUUUGAUUGAUUAUAAGAAACUCGGUCGUGGGGCGAUGGUUAGUGGAGUCCUGCUUAAAAAGAGAACUUUAAAAAAACGAAUUAAGCCAAGAAAGAAUUUUCAGAAAAGAUCACAGGAUUUCAAAACGAAACCGUUGGUCCAAAAAAAAGGUAUGCGAUUGCCUGGUAGUAAAACCGGGAAUCCAGCGAACAAAACAGUUGGAUCUUCUUCUAAUUUUGACAAAGAUCAUGUCGAUGAAAAAGAAGAUAUUAUCAAUGAUACUAUCGACGAUUUGUCAAACAUAUUGAAGGAUACAACGAUAGAGGCGACCGAGAAUGAUAACGAUAGUGAAAUUAUAGAGGAGAAAAUAAAAAAUCCGAAAUUAGAUGAUUUCGAAUGUGUUGCAACAAAGUCACCAAUCACAGUCAAAUGCAGUAAAAUUCCUCGCGCGAAGAUUACUAUUUUUCCGGCUCAUACGCUUCAUGAAUCCCAUGCGACCAAGUUGAAAAUAAAGGAAUCUCUUCACUUGAAACAUCCGACGACUGGUAUCGACAUGUUAGUUAUGCAAAUAAGAUAAGAAAUAAUAAUACUGAAUAUCGCUAAAAAUUUAUCAUAACAAUUAAACAUCAAUUUAAAGU